CAACAAACAUGGCCGCGAAAUCUGAUGGUGCUCCUGCCUCUCCGCGAAACGAAAUCCCACCCGAGUGUCCCGCCCGGUCCGAACCGGCACCGCCGGAGCGCUGCGUGAGCGAGCACCGGUACAGCCUGCAGGACUUCUGCUGGACCCUCUGCGUCCUGCUGGUGUUUUUCUCGGACGGGGCCUCAGACCUGUGGCUGGCUGCCGACUACUACCUGCGGAGGGAGUACUGGUGCUUCGCCUUGACUCUGGUCUUUGUGAUCGUCCCGUCCGUGGUCGUGCAGGUGUUGAGCUUUCGGUGGUUCGCCUAUGAUUUCACGGAGUCCGUGGAGAGCGGCACGGCGGCGGCGGCCGUGGUGGCGGCGGCGGCGGGCGCAGAGGGAGGCGACUUCAGCACCAAGGACAGCGGCGAGUGGGGCGCUGGCCGGGCCGCCGCGGUGCUGCCGGGGCCGACCGGCGGGGGCCGAGUCCGGGGCUGCUGCAGAGCCUUCAUGUGGGUCUUUCAAGCCCUCAUUCACAUUUUGCAGCUGGCGCAGGUCUGGAGGUACGUCCACGCCUUGUACUUGGGGGUGCAGAGCCGUUGGCAUGGCGACCCCGAGCGGCGCCACUACUACUGGCGGAUGAUGUUUGAGAGCGCGGACAUCAGCAUGCUGCGUCUGCUCGAGUCCUUCCUGAAGAGCGCUCCUCAGCUGGUGCUGCAGCUCAGCAUCAUGAUCCACACCAGUCAGGUUCUACCUCUUCAGGGGAUUUCUGCCUCCGCCUCGCUACUGUCCCUUGCCUGGAUGAUCUCGUCCUACCAGAAAGUCCUGAGGGACUCGAGAGAUGACAAGCUCCCCAUGACCUACAAGGCCGUGAUGGUCCAGAUCCUGUGGCACCUGUUCACCAUCGGUGCCCGGGCGCUGGCCUUCGCCCUCUUCGCCUCCGUGUUCCAGCUUUACUUUGGCAUUUUCAUCAUGGCGCACUGGUGCAUCAUGACCUUCUGGAUCAUCCAAGGCGAGACGGACUUCUGCAUGUCCAAGUGGGAGGAGAUUAUCUAUAACAUGAUGGUGGGCAUCGUGUAUAUUUUCUGCUGGUUCAGCGUCAGAGAGGGCCGCACGCGCUGCAGGUUGCUCAUCUACAGCCUGACGGUGUUCGUGGAGAACGUGGCGCUCACCGCCGCCUGGUUCAUGUACCGCGGUGCGGCCGAGCGUCACGGCGGCCCGGACUUCUACGCCGUCGUCAUGGUGUGCAUUGUGGCCAGCAGCUACGCGCUUGGCACCUUUUUCAUGUUUGUGUAUUACUGCCUGCUGCACCCUGACGGCUCCAUGUCCGGGUGGGGCUACAUAGCGGAGAAGGAGGUUCCCGUGGAGGUGCUGGCGUCACCGACCUCCAGCCUCCCACCGGAUCUAAUCGGCAGCCCGCCGAGGACCCUCCAGAGAACUAAAGGCUUGGACAGGGAGCCUGGGGUGGACGGAGACGUGUUUAAGGUGCGCCCUCUGCGGGGCGCCAAGCCCCCUGUGCCUCACCUCAAACCCAGGACAGAGGGCCCCGUCAUCCGAAUAGACCUACCGAGAAAGUUAUACCCGGCAUGGGACGCUCAUUACAUCGACCGACGGCUGCGUAAAACCAUCCUGGUGCUGGAGAGCGCAGCCCCAGUGACGCCGAGGAUUCAAUACCGCUGCCUGAGCACAGCCAAAGAAGUGAUGGAGUACGAAACCACCGUGUGAUGUGCCGGAGUUGCUGUGACUCAGCUGGACAUCCCGCCUUAAAGUGAAGAUGGCAGGAGGAACUGCUGUCAAUGCACAGUCUGUUUCAGCUCCGCGACCUCCGAUUGCUCUCUGUGCUGAAGAAGAGAGAGGUGGAGGAAUGCGUCUUUAUGUUCUGCUAGAAAAAAGAAGGGUUUAAAAGAAAUUAUGUUGUGUAUAGGGCUGGGCGAUAAAUAAAUUUUUAUAAAUUUUUUAAUAUUUAAUUUCAAAAUUGAUAAAUUGUGGAAUUAAAUAUGCACUCCUUGGUGGCGUCAGCGUGCCCAAGCAUUUUGUUUCUUGUUUUAUUUGGAUUUUGGAAUCAGGUCUUCUAUGUAGAAUUAAGACCAGCCCACAAAUUUAUUUUUUAAUUACGAGGAUAAAUUCAUGUUUUUCAAACACAACAAAACAACAGAAAAAUUAAAAUGAGGAAUGCUGAGCAUCUUGCGAAGUUAUACUUUGGAAUAGGUUUUAACAGAUAAUACUUAAUAGAAAUACUUAACCUUAUAAACACAUCAGCAUCAAAUUAUUAUCAGCAGCAGGACUUUGAAAUAGAGAUGCAAACAGUUACACGACUUAUAACUAAUUGUCGAUUAAUUGUUUCAGAUUGCUAAUAAAGUUAAACCUUCUUUUAGCGUUGUAGUUUGACCUCCAUCCAGCAGAGGCGCUGCUGGUCAUCCUUAGCCGUAGCCAUUGAUCCAGAAACAAAGAUGGCGGCAUAGCAUAACAGGAAAGAGAAAUGACCCGAACACAGUCCGAUGUGAUGCAAAAUUAACUUUAUGCGGUUUUGUUUUGAAAUAUAAACACCCGACAAGCUUUUUAAGUUUCACCUCAAUAAAUUUUGUUUGGCCUAGUUGUUUUUUCCCAAUUAAAACGACUUAUUUUCAGAUGUUUUUUCUGUAAAAAUUGUAUUUUUAUGUAGCUAACUUUGACUAUAUUCUCGUAAUUAAACAAAAAUUCUCAUACCCUAAUACUCCGUGGUAAUCUUAAGGGAUGAUUAAAAAAUAUUUUCUAUCACUUGUAAUUUCUUUAGCGAGAAAAAACUAAUCGGAAGUCUGAUUUGAUAUGAAAAGAUCGGAGAUUUCAUUUUUAAAGCCAUAUCGCCCAGCCCUAGUCGAGUACUGAAGGUGCAUACUUUGGUUUCUGUAUCAGUUCUCAGGUCAUGAUGUGGCACAAAGAGGUGAGGGAAAAGCACAGGCAGGCAGAGAAAUGUUAGUUCCUCCGCCGUGAGGGAAGCACCAACCUCUGCAGAGACAAGCCUUGAAACACGCAGGAUUAUUUAUGGCAGCUACAACACCGCUGAGUGAGUACGUGAGGCUGAUCAAAAUUUAAGCCUGCAAACAACCCACAAGAUCCACAGCGCAGGUAGUUUUCUUGGUUAUUGUCAUUUUUCAGUAGCUUUUAGUCACGUUGCAAGAGAAGAGUGGCGUGUAAAAGCAACAAUUUGGGCUGAAUGUAAAAACUGUGGACAGUGUGAAUAUUUAUUUCAAGGCUUUUUACGCAUUUUCAUGCUGUUAGUAGGAUUUUCAACAUUCCUGUGGUUCUAGUUUAUUUUUAUUUUUUUUAGUUAAAAUUGAAAGAAAAUUUGUUUACAAGCGGGCUGUUAUAUCGUUCAUUUCUCUUUUAAGAAUGAAAAUGCACUGAAAAACAAAUAUCUUGUGAUUUUUAUCAUUUUUACGGGGCAUAAAUGUGAUGGACUUUACAUGUCCAAAUAAAAGCCCAUCUUAAGCAGCAAAAGCUACAUGACAGAUAUAUUUAACAUGUAAAUUAUUGUAUAAUGAAGAGGAAGUUUUAGGGACACUGGUGUUUGUUAUUGUUACUGUACUGAUACUUUCUUAAAGGAACUAUCUUAAAAAAUGUAGAAAAAAACUAACAGUUCCCAAUCCUGAAAUCCAAACAUCAAAGCUAUGGUAGUAGUGAUGGUAAAGACACAAGAUUUAGUCUUACUUUGAAUGCUUUGCAGCAGAUUUCUUGACAUUUUUUAAUAUUAAAGAACAAAUUUCCAGAAUUCUCAGUAAUUAUAAUCCCAUUUUAAAAAUAUGAAUACUAAACAGUCAGAAAAAAAAUGGAGCCUGCAACAACCAGAGAUGGAUGAUAUAUUGGUAGUCGGAUGGAAGGAUGGAUGAUGAGACAGAUGGACAAAUGGAUGUUCUUGAUAGUUGAAUGGAUGGAUGGAGGAGAUAUUGAUGUAUGGAUGGAUGGAUUAAUGGAUGGAUGAUUAGACAGAUUAAUUGAUAAAUUAAUGGGUGGAUUAACGGACAGAUGAAUGGAUUGUUAGAUGGAUGAACAGAUGAAUGGUUGGAUGAAUAAUAGAUGGGUGGAUGGUUGAAUGGAUGGAUGGUUGGAUAGAUGGAUGAAUAAUUAGAUAGAUGGAUGGGUGGAUUCUUAGACAGAUGAACAGAUGGAUGAUUGGAUGAACGAACAGAUGGAUGUUGGAUGGAUGGAUGAACAGGUGGAUGGUUGGACGGUUCAUAAUGUGUUUCAGAUCCUCUAAAUCUCUUUGUGUGUUUUAGUUUCCUCAGAUUGAACUGAACUGAACUGGAUCUUUUCCAGUCCACCAUCUGAUCUCAGUACGAGCUUUUUAAACCCAAAGCUAAAGAAAACGUUUGUUUCUUAAAUUACACCCAACAGGUUCUGACCCAAACUCUUACCUGGGUUGUUUUCCUUUAGUGCAGAUAGAAAAUGGACAUUUCUGAAUUUUGUGUUUUCGGGGUGUGUAUUUGUUUGUGAGCUUCACACACGAGUGAAGAUGGUGGGACUGAACAGGGGGAUUAUGGGUAAUUAAUCUGAAACUGUGUCACUGAGAUGCUUCGGUUCUCUUGUAUGAUCUCGGUUUGUUUUCCCAAAUGACUCUGAACAAAAUCCACCUCCCACAGAGACUCUUUUUAAAAUUAAUUUUAUUUUUAUUUGCAUUCCCUGCUGCGGCUUCCUGGAAGCCGCUCAGGCUGUAGUUACGGUGCUAAAGGUUUGAGUCCAUCAUGUGAGAACCAUAAAGUGAACCAUAAAAAGUGCUUGUUGUGGCAGGACCUGGGCAAGGCUGUACCUCAGAGACAGAGCUGGAAUCAAAAAGCCUUAAGCUGGUCGUGUCAGACUGUUGCUGUUCUGAUAAAUAAAAUAAAAACAAAAAUUGAUCAAUAAGAAGGUGAUGAUAAUUUCAUUGUGGUAUUGUUGCUAAA